AUGGCGAAACGUCCGGAAAAGACAGACGCAGAACGAGAGGAUGUGGAGCUCGAAGGGGCGGAGAGCCUGUUGGCCAAACUCAAGAAGCAGUACCGGAUGAUGGAAAGGAACCGAAGGCAAUAUCGAGACGAGGCUACCGUCCUGCUGGUGCGCCAGAGAAAGAUCCUGUCGGAGUUACAGAAGGAAAAGGGGGACCUCGGGAACCACUUGACGGCCAUGGUGAACCCGCAGAACGAGUCACGUGACCAAAGAACCAUCUCUACGCUGGCUUCGACACUCGACCGCCAAACCAAGUACCAGCAGCAGAUUGAUGAGGAGAGGGACAAAAUCAGCGAAUUGGACGGUUCCAUCGCAGCGGCCGAGAAGAAAGUUCGAGAAUCCCGCCGUCGGGUGCCGUCCGCCCGACAGCUCGAGUCGAGGCGGAUGACGGCGCUCAGUGCCAAGAAGGCCCUACAAAACCGCAUCCAACAGGCAACUGUUCGUCUGAACGCAGUGCUCGCUGACAACCGCGUCUUGAGGACAAAUCUUGAAAACCUGUUGAAAGAACGAGACAAAUUUAUGCUUCAGGCUCAGCGUCUUGAAAAACAGCUGCAAGGAACAGUCAAGAGAAAGAGCGACGUGAUGGACCAGGUCACCAAAGCAUACUCCGAGAGAGACGAAGCCCAGACGAAGAUGCGCGCCCUUAGGGAACGCGCCGAACGUGAUGCCCAACAAUAUACCCACGAACUGAAGAAACUACAGCGCGCCCUCGACCACCAACAACACUUGAGGGCUUUUGUGGCCACGAUCUCUGCAGGAGAAGAAGAGGAGACGUCGAGGCGAAAAGCGGACGCACACAAACUGCACUUUGGAGUUCAUAUACAGAACACACACACAUCAAAUAUUCUUCUGUUUUUCCCCAGGAGAAGGCGUAGAGCCCAGAGGACCAGAGCAGACUCUAAUAACCUACAGAGCCUCCGUGUCUCACCUGAGCUGAGAAACGACAACUACACGCUCUUUACGUACAUUUCUGACCUGAAUAACGAGGUAACAAGCUUGACCACAGAAGUCCGACGUCUUCGUGAGCAGAUCGAAGACACACGAAACAAGAGCGCCGAACACGAACGCGAAACACAGCGAACCAUCUCCCAGCUCCUGGCCGACGUGGAGAGCGCCGACGAAGCAGUGGAGCUCCUAGAGGCGGACCUCAGGCGAGCAGGAAGAGACGCUGACGGAGAUGAAGACGGCGACUCAGGAGCUCUUCGACAUGAUGCAGUGCGACCCGCAGCCGGUGGUGGCCAUCGUAGGUGGAGGAGAAAUCACCAGCGCGUCUGUGUCCGUCUACCUCUCCGUGGUAGAACAACGUGUCCACGAAGUCCUGCAGUUGAGACAGUUCCUGCUGGCGGAGGAGCUGGGUCCAGGAUCAGGGUUCGGAGACGACGUCCCACACGACGAUGGAUCCGAAGGGAGGUCUUCAUCGGCCUCGUCCACGCGCUUUGUCCUUCCCAUUGGAAAACCCCAGUUGAGCCACGCUGCACAUGCCAACGACGAGGAGCCAGUAAACGGAGGUCCUCUCACCCAUGUGGACCUCAUGUCCAACAUGAGGAGGUUCAUUCCAGAUUCAGGCGAUAAUUAGGGGGUAGUCAGACGCAGUUAUAUAUUUAUAAAUAUUAAUACGAGUAGAUACUGAAAUUUAGAUAGAUAGAUAGAUAGAUAGAUAGAUAGAUAGAUAGAUAGAUAUAGAGAGUAAUCGUUUGUCUGUUCGACAAACUACAUAAGGAUAGAAAACUGACAUGAAAUCACGUCUUACAGGCUGAAAUAAGAUACACUCUGAAGGCAGAUACGAAAACAAUAAAUGCAAAGAUAUACACGAGAACGGAAAAAAAAAGAAAAAAAGAAGCGGAGAUAGAAGAGAGAGAAUGGGGGAGAAGUAUGAUAAAAAAAAAAAGAAACAUACGGAAAGAAGAGAGGAAUUUUUUUUUUUUUUUAUGUCUGUGUUUGUGUGUAACCUACUAGUGUUUAUUACUUGUGUAACUAACACUUUAUUCUAAAAUCUACACACCCUCUGUAAUACUAGUUCCUUAGAUAAAUAAAUAAUAUGACAACC